AUGGCCGUGCGGCGGCUGCGACUCGGUGUAGGAAGAGCGCUCGGGGUCCCGGCGACACGGAAGCGCGGGAGCCGAGUGUAUAGCACGUCCCAGGCCUUUGGAGAGGUCCUCGGGCUCCCGAGCAGGCAGUUCACGAAGUUGGUGUUCCCGCUGCAGGAGCUCUCGCGGCACCUCGCGCCGGACUCGGGGCACAACCUUCACCUGCGGAUCUUCGACCCGAGCCUGGAGGACCUAGCGCGGGCGGACCACCUCUUCACCACCACGGCCCGGCACCGCAUCGAGUACGUCAGCUCGGCUGUGCGCCUGGACCACGCCCCGGACCUCCUGCGCCCCGAGGUGUGUUUUAUUGGCAGAAGCAAUGUUGGAAAGUCUUCCCUAAUAAAGGCUUUAUUUUCACUGGCCCCGGAGGUUGAAGUCAGAGUCUCAAAAAAACCGGGACACACAAGGAAAAUGAACUUUUUCAAAGUCGGAAAGCACUUUACAGUGGUGGACAUGCCAGGUUAUGGCUAUCGAGCCCCUAAAGAUUUUGUUGACAUGGUAGAGGCCUACCUAAAAGAACGGAGGAACUUGAUAAGAACAUUUUUGUUAGUGGAUAGUGUUGUUGGAAUUAAUAAAAAUGACAAUAUCGCCAUAGAAAUGUGUGAAGAAUUUGCAUUACCUUAUGUGAUGGUAUUAACAAAAAUUGACAAGUCGUCCAAGGGACAUCUUUUAAAACAAGUACUUUCAAUCCAGAAAUUUGUGGACACUCAAACUCAAGGAUGUUUUCCUCAGUUGUUUCCUGUAAGGUGCUUCUCUCUGCUGGCUCUUGCUGGAUUGUCCCGAUGCUUUGUUCUCAUUCUGCUGCAGCAUCGCGCAGCCCGACUCCAGAUACCACAAGUGCUGUAACCUAUUCUGGAAUCCAUCUGUUGAAGUGCUUUAUAGCAAGUAUAACAGGAAGUCUUAAGGCUGAGGACUCCCGACAGAACUGAA